AUGCGUUUCACUCUUAGCUCCGUCCUUAUCGCCCUCGCCGUCGUCUCGGCGGUUGCUUCACCUACAGGAAAUGAGGUCGACAAGCGUAGCACCGCUACCAAACCCGGCAGAUGCAAUGGCACCUCAUGCCAAGUGGGCCUUUACAACCUCGCGUGCAGGUCGGGCUCAUGCACUGGGCCUGGUGGUGGCGAUGGCGCUCAUUGCACCAUUGUUGACUACGAGAAUGGCUCAAACGAGGCGUUCUGCCCCGGCUGCAGCAACCCCAGUUUGUGCUAA